CGGCCCCUCUAUGGUUUUCCAGCCGUCCGACCGACCACUCGUGGCUUGUGUUGUGAUCAUAUUGUGAGCGUCACCUUCUCCUGCGACCGCGGACAGUACGAGCACCAUUCCACCGCCGCAGACGUUUCAAGAAUUCCUGUACUACAAAGAUGGCGAAAAAUCCAUUUAUGAACUGUAAGUCACGUAAACGAAGGAAGGCCAGAAACCCACCCCCCGCACCAAAAGAGAAACUUUACUGUCCAAGAACUAUGGUCCGCUACGAUAAAUCAUUCAAAGACUACCCUACAAAGUGGGUUUGUAAGAUGUGUCUUAAAAUACUUUUGAGUGAAAAUGCUGUUAAGAAUCAUUUGACCAAUUGUAACGCCCAUUCAAGACAACCUGAACCAGCUCCACCUAUUGUUGAAGAUACUCCUUACAUAUGCAAGUAUUGCGACAAGGUAUUUUCAAGGGGUGUUACUCUAAAGAGGCAUUUGGAAUAUCAUGAAAGAAGCUGUGUCGACUCUGAACUAUCUGACAACGAAGUUGAACAUAAGUUGAGGAAUAUGAAAACAGAAAGGAAUUGAUGUUAACGACUAACCUGAUGUUUGAAAUAAAUUCAAUAACAUUGAUUUGAUUUAAUUU